AUGGCGGGGAAAAAGCGAGAGGUCCCGUUACAGGCAGUCGUCAAUACUCAAAGCCUGUGGGAUGAGAUGUUGCAGAACAAAGGCCUAACAGUGAUCGACGUUUACCAAGCCUGGUGUGGACCUUGCAAAGCAAUGCAAACUUUAUUCAGAAAAUUGAAAAAUGAGCUGAACGAAGACGAACUUCUGCAUUUUGCUGUAGCAGAAGCUGACAACAUUGUGACUUUGCAGCCAUUUAGAGAUAAAUGUGAACCUGUUUUUCUCUUCAGUGUUAAUGGCAAAAUUGUUGCAAAGAUCCAUGGUGCAAAUGCACCACUUGUUAAUCAAAAAAUUAUUAACUUGGUCGAAGAGGAGAAGAAAAUUGCAGCAGGUGAAAUGGUUCGACCUCAGUAUCAUGAAAUUCUGUUUGUAGACCCAGAUGAGGAUAAUGGUGGGGAUGCACCCAGUGAAAGUGUUGAUCAACUCUACUGUAUUGCUAUUAUCAAACCUGAUGCUGUGAUUAGUAGAAUAUCUCAAGAGAUUAAACAAAAAAUCAUCAAGGCAGGCUUUGUCAUAGAAAUGGAGGAUAAGAGAUUGCUCACUGAACAACAAGUAAGGGACUUCUAUCAUCGGAUAGCAGACCAGCCUGACUUUGAAGAGUUUGUCCUUUUUAUGACCAGCGGUCUGAGCCAUAUUCUAGUUGUAUCUCAAGGAAAUGAAGAACAGCCCACCCUGGGAGAAACUAGGCCCAAUCCUGAGACCGAAGAUGAAAUACAUGAGGAUCACCCUGAUGUGGUCAUACCUCCAGGGAUGAAGAAGAAGAGGGACAGCUUACAAGAAUAUCUGGAAAGACAACAUAUAUCUCAGUUUUGUGAUGUUGAAGAGACUGUAACUAAUGUUAACCAUUUCAUUGAUGUGUUCUUCCCUGAUUUUAAAAACAUGAAAAAUCUCAAAUUAGAAAAGAUCCUGGCAUUACUUUGGCCAGCUAUCUUUCAAGAAAAGAAAGAGGAUGUUUUGAAGAUUAUUGAAGAUGAAGGCUUUAAAAUACUGAUGCAAAGGCAAAUUGUAUUAUCAAAAGAGGAAGCACACACACUGUGCAAGGAAUAUGAAAAUGAAGAUUAUUUUGGAAAGCUUAUAGAAAAAAUGACCAGCGGUCCAUCUCUAGCCCUUGUUUUAGUAAGAGACCAUGGUUUACAACACUGGAAAGAGUUAAUUGGACCAAGUAGUGUUCAAAAAGCCAAAGAAUCUGUUCCAGAGAGUUUGUGCGCACGAUUUGCAAUGGAAGGUUUGCCCAUCAACCAGUUGUAUGGAAGUGAUUCAUUAGAAGCGGCUGAGAGGGAAAUACAGUAUUUCUUUCCUCCUCAAAGCACUUUAGCACUGCUUAAACCUCAUUUAACACAGGAACAAAGAGAGGAGAUCCUGAAACUUAUUAGAGAGGCUGGCUUUGAAAUAACACAGAUGAAGGAAAUGCUCCUAAAUGAAGAAGAAGUAGAAAAAAUUUACUCAAAAAUAAAAGGAAAAGACUUUUAUCAAGACGUAGUAGAAAUGUUAACUGAGGGUCCAUCUUUGGUCAUGGUUCUGACCAGAUGGAAUGCUGUUUCAGACUGGAGACGAUUGAUGGGUCCCGUAGAACCAGAGGAGGCAAAACUACUGUCCCCAGACUCUAUCCGAGCCAGGUUUGGAAGAAGCGUUUUGAAAAAUGCUGUCCACGGGUCAUCUAAUACCUACGAAGCAAUGGAGAGCAUUAAUAGAAUUUUUGAAGACUUCGUUCCUGAGAAUCCUGAGAGAAACUUAAGUACAGUACCUCUUUAA